UGGGCAAGUCCAUGCAGGGCGGUGGGGAGAGACCAGGUCCCGGGCACGGGCCCCCCGCAGCUUUAGAAGCGCAGGCGUCGGCCUGGGGCUCAAGGGUCCGAGUGCCCACGGCCUGGGCCCGCCAGCUCCCCCCACCCCCACCCCGGGAACGGCGGACGGUCCCCGGCGCUGCCGGACCCGCGGGGCCGCUCGGACUCCGUUCCCCAGCCGGCCCUUCGCUUUCACACGAUCCGCGGUGACUGCACCAGCUUGAGCGCCUUUAAAGGGCCACACACGCCAGCCGCCGCUAUAAAAUGUUCCCGGCGGCACAGCUGCAGAAGGGGCACCGCUGAGCUGCCGAGAGGAGGAUCGCUCCGCCCGGCCGCCCGCCCGCAGCCCGCCUGCGAGGGGUCGUUCCCGGCGAGGAGGAAGAGGGCUGAGGAAGGCGCAGCACCCGCUCUGGCCCUCGUUUUCAGGUGGCGAAACUGACCGGUCUGGUUAGAGCGCGUCCAAGCCAAGCCGCAGUGCUGUUUGGAUUUUUAAAUUUCUCCUUCUGAGUGAGAAAAUAGCAAUCGAGAUGGAGCCAUCCGCACGAAAGCUCCAGCUGACAGCAUCUUCUCCCACCAGUUUAUCCAACUUCUGCCAAGGCUCUGAAAUGCCAACUAUGUCAAGGCCUGCACUUGAUGUCAAGGGUGGCACCUCACCUGUGAAGGAGGAUGCCAACCCAGAGAUGAGCUCGCUGGCCUACUCUAACCUGGGCGUGAAGGAUCGCAAAGCAGUGGCCAUUCUGCACUACCCCGGGGUGGCCUCGAACGGAGCCAAGGCCAGUGGGGCUCCCACUAGUUCCUCGGGAUCUCCAUCUCCAAUAGGCUCUCCUACCGCCACCCCUCCCACUAAACCCCCACCCUUCAACCUGCACCCCGCCCCUCAUCUCCUGGCCAGUAUGCAGCUGCAGAAACUUAAUAGCCAGUAUCAUGGGAUGGCCGCCGCCGCCGCCGCCGCCGCCGCCACUCCGGGCCAACCUGGGGAGGCAGGGCCCCUACAAAACUGGGGCUUUGGGGCUCAGGCGGGAGGGGCGGGGUCACUCUCUCCUUCUACCGGUGCCCAGAGCCCUGCUAUCAUUGACUCGGACCCAGUGGAUGAGGAGGUGCUGAUGUCGCUGGUGGUGGAACUGGGACUGGACCGAGCCAAUGAGCUUCCGGAGCUGUGGCUGGGGCAGAAUGAGUUUGACUUCACUGCGGACUUUCCAUCUGGCUGCUGAUGCUCACCGUCCCUAAAGAUGGAGGAACAAAGCCACCGAUUCUGUUGUAAAUAAAAAAUAAAAGUUACUUACAAAGAGAUGGGCCA